GCGCGAGGCCGCGGGCAGGGGGGCGGGGCGGCAGAGCUCGGUGCCCGGCCUGGAGGACAGCCGUGUCGGAGUCGGCGAUCGGUGGUCCGCGGCAACGCUGAGAGGCCGUACGGGACGCGGGCGCCGGAGCUCAGAGGUUGACUCUUCACCACACUGAAGCCAUUAGGAUUAACAGCAGAGGCUUCAGAGUUUCACCAGUAUUCAGGCCUAGAAAUUAUUUUAAAUGGCAACUGAUAUGUCUCAAGGUGAACUCCUCCAUCCUAAGGCACUCCCACUUAUAGUAGGAGCUCAGCUGAUCAGCGCGGACAAGUUAGGUGAGAAAGCAGAAGAUAGCACCAUGCCUAUACGUCGUCGAGCUGUGAAUUCUACCCGGGAAACUCCGCCCAAAAGCAAACUUGCUGAAGGGGAGGAAGAAAAACCAGAACCAGAUGGAAGUUCAGAGGAAUCUAUCUCUACUGUAGAAGAACAAGAGAAUGAGACCCCACCUGCUACAUCCAGUGAGGCAGAGCCGCCCAAGGGGGAGCCUGAGAGUGGAGAGAAGGAAGAGAACAAGUCUGCUGAGGAAACCAAAAAAGAUGAGAAGGAUCAGUCUAAAGAAAAGGAGAAGAAAGUGAAAAAAACAAUCCCUGCCUGGGCUACUCUCUCUGCCAGCCAGCUAGCCAGGGCCCAGAAACAAACACCGAUGGCUUCCUCCCCACGGCCCAAGAUGGAUGCAAUCUUAACUGAGGCCAUUAAGGCAUGCUUCCAGAAGAGUGGCGCAUCAGUGGUUGCUAUUCGAAAGUACAUCAUUCAUAAGUACCCUUCUCUGGAUCUGGAGAGAAGGGGCUAUCUGCUUAAGCAAGCACUGAAAAGAGAGUUAAACAGAGGAGUCAUCAAGCAGGUAAAAGGAAAAGGUGCAUCUGGCAGUUUUGUUGUGGUCCAAAAAUCAAAAACGCCUCAGAAAUCCAAAAACAGAAAGAAGAAGGGCUCUGCAGUGGAUCCAGAACCACAAGUAAAACUGGAAGAUGUUCUCCCAUUGGCUUUUACUCGACUCUGUGAACCUAAAGAAGCUUCCUACAGUCUCAUCAGGAAAUAUGUGUCUCAGUAUUAUCCUAAGCUUAGAGUGGACAUCAGGCCCCAGUUGUUGAAGAAUGCUCUGCAGAGAGCAGUAGAGAGAGGCCAGUUAGAGCAGAUAACUGGCAAAGGCGCUUCGGGAACAUUCCAGCUGAAGAAAUCGGGGGAGAAACCCCUGCUUGGUGGAAGCCUGAUGGAGUAUGCAAUCUUGUCUGCCAUUGCUGCCAUGAAUGAGCCGAAGACCUGCUCCACCACUGCUCUGAAGAAGUAUGUCCUGGAGAACCACCCAGGGACCAACUCAAACUAUCAAAUGCAUUUGCUGAAAAAAACUCUGCAGAAAUGUGAGAAGAACGGGUGGCUGGAGCAGAUCUCUGGGAAGGGGUUCAGUGGCACCUUCCAGCUGUGCUUCCCCUAUUACCCCAGCCCAGGAGUUCUGUUUCCAAAGAAAGAGUCAGAUGGCUCUGAGGAUGAAGAUGAGGAUGAAGAUGAAUCAUCAGAAGACUCCGAGGAUGAAGAACCACCACCCAAGAGGAGCUUACAGAAAAAAACACCAGCCAAGUCCCAAGGGAAGAUGGCAUCCACAAAACAGAGAGGGGCUAAGCCUGCGCGUAAAGUCCCUGCUGCCCAGAGGGGGAAAGUGAGGCCGCUGCCUAAGAAAGCUCCAGCCAAGGCCAAGACUCCUGCCAGGAAAGCCAGACCCUCACCCUCAGUCAUCAAGAAGCCUAGUGGGAGCUCCUCCAAAAAGCCCAUAGCCAAUGCAAGAAAGGAAGCGAAACUACCCAGUAAGGGCAGAUCUGCCAUGAAGAAGUCUUUCAAGACAAAAAAGUAAAUUUUAUAGGAAAAAGGGUAUCAUGAUUGAAUUCAAAAUCUUAUUUUAUAAGGUCAGUGUGCAUUUGUUUUAGUUAUAAUGCUUUUAAUUUUUACUUUUUUCUUCCCAUAUGAGCAUUGUGGGAAGGAGUGCAAACAAACCAGUGUAGACAUUUGUUAGCUUAGGCGCUGUCUCAGUGCCUGCCUCUUCAUUGUUUUAAUUUUUGCCAUAAUCCUGGACGUCACUGAACUAUGUAACUGCCCUGCUUCCUUUGUUCAUCCUAACCCCAACUCUCAUUCUCUCUUUUUGUGAUCUGAUUUGGGGUAAUUUUUUUCCUCCUUCAAGUUAAUCUGAACAAUUACAAAGAUGUAUUUGUAGUGAGCACCUACAGGUCUGGUGCUGGAAGUAAAGAUGAAGCAGAAGCACUGUAGAAAGACACUGCUUCCUGCCUGGAGACUUGCUAGUGCUGGGUGGUUAACCCUGCCUGUCAAUCACUCCACUGACCAGUCUCCAGCUUGAGCCGGGGACAUUUAAACUUGGGAAAGAAGCCCCAGUCUCUGCGAUCCCAUAGAUUCUGAAGAUCUCCUCUCCUUUGGUCACUCUGACCAAUUGCCAAGCACGCUUUGCUGCCCAGAGCAUUGUUCCCUUAACAGCAAGCACAAGUUGUCUGCACCACUUGGUUUUGGACUGAAGGGGAAGUACAGGAAUACAUGGAAUCUGAUUUCUGGUGUUGCUUAUUACCAAAAAUGACAGAAUAUUCUUGAUCAAAUGUCUAGAUAUAUUUUUAAUAUUUGGGGCAUGAGUUGUCCCUGUUUGAGAGUCCCAUUACUAAUGUAGAAAUGAUAAAUGAUAAGACAGAAUUUGCUAAAAUGACCAGUUUUCAGAUUCACCUGUGCGUGUGCCCCAACUCCCACCCCACCCCAUUCUUUCCAUAGAACUUUUGAUAUCGGGUGAACGGUUUCCUUUUUGAGAUAUUUUAACAGAAGAGAGGAGGGAGAAAAGCAAGUGAAGCUGUACUACCUGGCCCUCUUCUUAUUUGUAUUUGUUUAGAGUUGUGAGGUUGUGUAAAAUAGUACUAGCUUCCUACUUGAGAACUACAGUUUCUGCUUAUCAUUUCUUCUUCCCUGUGGCACUUAAUAUUUUAAUUGUCUUAUGCUUUUUGAUGUAUCUAUCCUCUGGCUGCCAGAGGAGGAGGUGUGUGUUUGAGACUCAUUCCACUUGACGUGUCUCCUGGGACCCACAGCUGCACAUGGCUGGGAAUGGACGGAAGGGAAUGGGCUGCAGUGCUGGCUCCUACCUGGGAGGUCCCAUCAUGAGGCAUUGGGAUUGGUGUUGCAUGGAAGGCAAUCUUUCCUGUUGUAAAUCUUCCUUUUUUAUGUACAUAUAUUUUGAAAAAUAUGAAUAAACAUAAAAUUUUAAAAGCUGCUGAACUACAACUUAGUUGAAAAGUU